AUGAAGCGGCGCGCGGCUCUGCCUUGGAUGCUGGCCGCGCUGGCCGUCGCCGUGGGGGCGGGCUUUGCGAUGAAGCGGCGCGCGGCUCUGUCGUCUACGGGCGCCUGCACCCUCCUGGAGCAGCUCGUGAUGACCCAGCGGUCCGUCGAUGCCCACAUCCAAAUGCCGAAGGACUUCGCCUACGUGCCCUUCGAGAUGGUCGAGGCCUGCGGCUCGGCGUCGUUCCGCAUGCCCUACCCCUACAAGAUCCGCCUGCCGAGCCACAGCCCCCUCGAUCAGCUCUACGCGGACUUCAAGGCCCUGGACAAGGCGACGGUGCUCACGCGCGAAAUCGGCGAGGGCCCGGACGACUCCGACGACUACCUGCGGAAUUCCAAGUUCACGAAGCACUCGGGAUCGCAGGAGGAGCCUCUCGUCGAGGGGGUCGAGUCGUUGAGCAAUGGCACGAAAGCGCUCUUCUUCGACAACUCGUGGACCUACGACCACUUCCGCCCCAUGCUCAACGAGCCCGAGCGCUUCGACAAGAUCUUCGAGAACUGCCUGUUCGGGAACAUGUUCACGACGAACCUGACGGAGCAGCGCUUCACGGCCAAGGCCCACAGCGCGCCCUGGUACGGCUCCGUCGCCGUGCAGCUCGCGGGCGUCAAGCGGUGGAAGUUCUGGGACCCGGCGACCUUCGGCGCCCACGGCGUCCCCAGCGACGAGAGCAGCUUCGAGAACAUGGCCGUCUCGAGGAUCCUGCCGAGCCGCGGCAUGACGAAGCUCAUGAAGACCAUCGACCACUACGACGUCGUCUCGUCGGCGGGGGACCUCGUCUACUUCCCGGCCUUCUGGACCCACAUCGUCUACACGGACCCGGGCUUCAACUUGAUGAUCAACCUCCGGGCCCGCCACCACCCAUCCAUGGCUCUGGGUUGGCUCCGCAACGCGCUGCAGAUCCACUCGGUGAUCGGUAUGCUCAAGAUGGCGGCGAUCUUCACGCUCGUGUCCGUCCUCCCGGAGGAGGUCGUGCUCGCGAAGCUCGGCAAGGCGCACGACGCCGUCGCCAGCGAGACGGAGAAGACGCAGACAUGGCUCGACGAGGUCGAGCACUCGAUGAACGCGGACUCGAAGUUCGUCCAACUCCACGACAACGUCGGCGCGAUCCCCUCCUCUAAGAUGUUCUAG